AUGCUCAACCGCAGUUCCGCUGCGCUGGCGUCUGCCCCGUCGCUUCUCGGCUACGCGCUGCGGGGGGCGGCGGCGAGUGAAAUGCUCUACGGCGGUGUGCGGCUGCAGCACCUCGCGGCCGCCCCGCCGCCCCUCCGCCGCCAGCAGCCGGAGACCCUCCCGCCCCCGGCCGACAGCAGCGGGGAGGCCGCGGCGGAGGGGCUGCGCGACGGCGAGGGCGACGGCUGGCGGCUGCUGCCCGUCAAUAUCGGCGCGAGGGCCCGGGCGGCGGCGGUGCGGCUCCGGGCGGACGACUGCCGGCGACGACUCAUCGCCCAGCGCGUGUGUGCCGCCGCCGCCGCCCCGCUCGUCUUUCCGGCCCCGCCAGUCAAGCAGAGCGGCGAGGGCCACGGCAGGCGGGGGGCGGCGUACUUUCACCCGCCGUCGGCGAAGCUCUCGCUCUUCACGCGGCCGGUGGACUGCGGGUCGCACACCGCCGCGGUGGACACACGGCCGGCAGGAGUGGGCGUCUAUCAUCCGCGUGCGUGGCGACCACUGCAGAUGCUGAAGCCAAUGCCGCAUAACUGGAGCCCUACCCUGCGAUCCUCCGGUGUACGUGGACCAAACAUGCAACUUAUGCAAGAGCGAUUGGAUGGAAAGGGUUUUGGAUGGAAACGCAAGUCACGCUCAUUGUGGCAGCAAGAUAUUGAUACCGCUGGAUUUAGGCCUAAACGGUUCUUUUAA